AUGACAAUCUCCUCGACCAAAAGAUUCGCUAUCCUCCUCCUCAAUGCCCUUCACCUCACGAGCUAUCUCGCAUCUGCCCAGAGCUGCUACUUCCCCGGCGGCGCGGUGGACAAUGACAGCGGUGUAUGCGGUGACUCCAGCGUAUGCUGCCCUCUGAGCUGGGAAUGCAUAUCAAAUGGACUCUGCUACCUACCAGCACAAGAGUUCUUCCAGCGCUCUUCUUGCACGGAUAAAUCCUGGGGAGACGAUUGUCCGCAAAUGUGCCUCAGAGAUGAUAGUGGACCGGAGAACGGUAACCAAGCAGUGCAGCAGUGCAGUGAUGGAAGAUACUGCUGCGACAGGAACCGACCGGAGGUGGACGAGGAUGAUGCGAGCAAGUCUUGCUGUGUGCAGAAGGUCAGAUUCAUCGACAUUGAGGAUGGUACCGCGACUGCUACGAUCUCCACGAAGGCGGGUUCGUCGACAAAGGCCUCGUCUGCCAGCUCUACAAAAUCGACCAGAAGCUCUACCAGCAGUUCCCCCAGCAGCUCCACGAGUGACUCCCACAGCACCAGCUCAGGCUCGACAUCCAGCAUGAGCACAGCUUCCUCGAGUCGGCCGCCGCAGACCAGUGUUAUCACCACGCAAGCCACCACCACGAAUUCCCAAGGCGAAGCGACCACGAUAAUGGUCAUGACGACCGCACUCGUCGACCCGUUGCAGGAGAGUUCAAUUCCGCCACAUGCACACGAAAGGCAAUCAAACAGCAGCACCAUAGUCGGCAUCGCCGUAGGCGUACCACUCGGUCUCAUCGUUGCCUCAGUCCUCGCAUUCUUCCUCUGGCGCCACCGCCGCAAGAACAAGUCCGCACCCAGCGACCCUCCCACCUCCGAGCGCAAAGACCUCGUCGACAUGUACGGCAGCAACACCACCCACGACGGCAAACGUCCCGAAGCAGACGGCUACCCAGUCGCCGCCUCCAGCACAAAGCCUGGCCACCUCAGCCAAGCCAUAUCCGAAAUGUCCGGCUCGCCAGUCACCCGCCAACAAUACAGCCCACACAGCGCCGUCUCACCCAUCACGACCGGCAGUUUCUCGAACCACAACCUGAACCCACCAACCGCCAACGGCCUCGGCUUCGUCCCAGAAGAGCAGCCGCAGGAGUUGUGGGGAGGAGAUAUACCACGCCAACAGCACCCACAACCACAACCGCAACCGCAGGACUUCACACCGAUGGGUCCUAGACCCAUGCCGUAUGGAGGAGGCUCGUAUCCUGGACAGCCGGUGCCGUAUCAACCUGCCCCAGCGCAAAGUGCUCAGCAGAUGUCGAGUGGAGCGACCGAGGCUGCGCGUAAGAGUGGUGAAGGUGGGGCUGGUGGACAGUACUCUGCGUUCCAGGGCGUGAGCGAGUUGCCGAGCAGUGAGAGGCCUCCUGUAGAGACGGCGCAGAGCCCGCCGCCUGGGGAAGAUCAGGGGCGGAUUGGCAAGGGGUUGAGCGUGGUGAAUCAGUGA